AUGGCAACCAUGCGCGCAGUCGACAUAACCAAUGGCAGCGGCCCAGCAACCUCCCUUCACAUCGCCUCAAUCCCCAAACCAUCCGCAUCAUCCGGGCAGGCAAUAGUAAAAAUCAAAGCCUUUGGACUGAACCGUAUGGACUUACUCCAGCGCGAAGGACACUACCCCGUCCCACCGCAAGCCCCCAAAACCCUGGGCGUAGAAUUCAGCGGCACGAUCGAAGAACUAAGCUCCGAUUCCAAAGACAACUUCAAGAAAGGCGAUGAGGUGUUCGGGUUAGCCUACGGCGGUGCGUAUGCGGAGUAUAUCGCCGUUAAUACCAAAAUGUUGUUGCAUAAGCCGGCCCAUUUGAGUUGGGAGGAGGCAGCUGGUGUCCCUGAGACAUGGAUUACAGCUACACAAGCCAUGUACCUUGUUGGCGAAUUCACCCGCGGCAAAACGGUACUCUGGCAUGCCGGCGCAUCAUCUGUCUCUAUUGCUGGCAUCCAGCUUUCGAAACUCGGCGGAGCGGCAGCUAUUUAUGUAACAGCUAGUUCGCAAGAGAAGAUUGAUUUCUGCGUCAAGGAGCUAGGUGCUACUGCUGGCUUCAAUUACAAGACUCAGGAUUGGUCCAAGGAGGUGUUGAAGGCCACGGAUGGAAAGGGUGUAGAUCUGAUUAUUGAUUUCGUGGGACAGAGUUACUUCCAGGGGAAUCUAGAUACUGCGGCGCGGGAUGGACGUAUUGUUCACCUGGGUGCAAUGAGUGGGACGAAGUUACCGGCUGGUGUGGAUAUUAGGGCUUUUGUGAUGAAGCGGGUUCGGUUUGAGGGUUCCAGUUUGAGGAGCAGGGAUCCAGAGUAUCAGGGGAAGCUGAGGGAUAAGCUGGAGACCUAUUUGGAUAAGUUUGAAGAUGGGACGUUUAAGAUUUAUGUCGAAAAGGUGCUGCCUUGGGAGAAUAUUGUGGAGGCGCAUCAGCUGAUGGAGAAAAAUUCUACGAAGGGGAAGAUUAUUUGUACUAUUGAUUAG